UCCUCUGAUAUAUCAUUCUAUCUCCUUGGGUGAUCUUGGAAAGAAGCCCUUUCCAGUGUGGUGUGAAGCACUUUCUGGUGUAUAGCUUAGCUUUGCUUGUGUGGUGUUCUUGAGUGGAAUAAAGGUAGAGCGUGCAUUCUUGUGGCUUGGGAUAGUAGGAUUCUUCCUUCUUCCACAGCCAUGUGCUGCAUGCAGCUUUGAGCUUUGGUAAUUGCUUCUAGGCUCUAGCCACCCCCAGUCCCAGCUUUAGCCAUCAAGAUCCAAGAAAGAUCAGGACCAAAAAGUCUUGAGCUGCAAUCAUUCCGAGCUGCAUUGUAGUGAGGAAUUGUCCCCUAGCUUGGCUCACGCUUUAUUCCUCAUAUUAUCUGUCCUUACUCUGGCACUAGAUCAAAGAUCAAGAACACAACUCCCUGUUUCCCGAGGAGAAAAGGAAUCAGGGACAGGCUCAAGCAGCAGCAGAUUCUCCUCAAGAAGCUAUCUGGGAGAAGCCCCUAUAUUUAAUUGGGUCCAAGAGGAGCUAUAGAUGCAACAAUCAUAAGUUCUUCUCUCACUACGAAGCAGAUGAAGCUUCUCUGAGGAAGGAAGAAGCUCUUGCUUUCUUUGCAUGGAGAACGAGGCCAACGGCGGAAUCGUACUUGGCCAUGACAAGGAAAUCUCAACCCUGCAAGAAGAGAUUUCUGCUCUGAGAUCGAGGCAGAGGCAUCUCAACCGGACAAGACGUGAGGCGCUGGACAAGCUCAUAGACCUGAAAGGAAGUAUCAGGGUGUUCUGCCGAGUCCAGCCGUCGAUCUCAACCAGCAACAUCAAGAUCAAAUCACCAGUUACUGUCGAACAAGAGAACAUCGCAGUUCGAGCAGUGGGGAUCAAGAAAGAUUUCAGUGUUGAUCGGGUGUUUGACCAGGAGUCAACGCAAGAUGAUGUGUUCCAUGAGGUGAGGCCAAUCCUCCGAUCUGCACUUGACGGGCACAAUGUCUGCAUCCUUGCUUUUGGCCAAACUGGGACCGGGAAGACCUAUACAAUGGUCAGAACUAGCGAUAACCUUGGCCUUGUGCCUCGAGCGAUUCAGGAACUGUUUUCUCAUGCUGCUCAAGAUACUUCAUCCACAUACUCUUUCUCCAUAAGCAUGCUCGAGGUCUACAUGGGAAGUCUCAGGGACUUGUUGGCACCAAGGCAGCAGCCUCUCUUCAGGUCCAUAGAAGGCAAUACAACUUGUAACCUCAGCAUUCUAGCAACCACAAGUGGCUCCGUCCAAGUCGAGGGGCUCACCGAUGUCACAGUACCGGACCUCAAGAAAGCCAACCAGUGGUACUCCAGAGGACGGCGAUCCCGAUCGACAUCCUGGACAAACGUCAACAAUGUUUCAAGCCGAUCACACUGUUUGACAAGAAUUACCAUAAGGAGAUGUGGAGGUGUGACUGGACAAGUCAGCAAGCUGUGGCUCGUGGAUCUUGGUGGCAGCGAGCGGUUGCUCAAGACUGGUGCAUCUGGAUUGAUAAUGGAUGAGGGUAAGGCCAUAAACCUGUCUCUGUCAGCCCUUGGAGAUGUCAUCGCUGCACUAAGGAGAAAGAGAAGCCAUGUUCCAUACAGAAAUAGCAAGCUUACCCAGAUUCUCAGUGAUUCUCUCGGUGAUGGCUCAAAAGUUGUGAUGGUAGUGCACAUCAGCCCUUCCAAGGACGACGUGGGUGAGACAAUUUGUUCGCUGGGCUUUGCGAAAAGAGCCAGGCUGAUAGAAUCCAGCAGAGAGCUUUCAGAGGACUUGAAAAUGUUAAAGCGGAAGCGGCUCGCGGAGCUUGACAAGGAAAUAUGUGACGCCGAGCAAGAGCUCGGGGUUCUGAAUGCACAAAUAAGGAGUGCUGAGAGGUCUGUGGAGGAGAGGAAGAAGCUUUGUCCCUCCGUCUGUCAGGCUCUCAGCGACGAGAAGGGGUCGCCCAGAAGCAUUCUGGUGGCAGGACACAUUGAUGCCGCAGACAGCCCUCAGGCAACCGAGAGGGCCAAGAGCAGGAUGGUCCAUCAUGGAUCAGUCCCUCACUUCAUGUCCGCAACAGUGUGCAGCCGUCAAAGACACGGCGCGGCAAGCCAUUCCGUCAGUAAACCGAGGCUGACAAAAUCAGUGAACACGUACUCAUCUAAGCCAAGUGGGAGCCAGUCGGUCAGCCACUCCGCAUCCAAGGCUAGGUCAGUGGCAUUCUCAUCCGGUGAGCCUAGGCUGAAAUACUUGUCUGUCAAAUCUGAUCAGAUCAACGUAAACAGUAACAGCAUCGAUUCGACGGUAGCGUCGACGCCUCGGCCUCGGCCAAGGGAGAGUCUUGUUUCCAGGCCGGUACAGAGAGCUCCCCUGCAUCAGCACAGGAGAAGGAUGUCAUGCUUAACCUGAACUCACAGAAAUAGUACAUACAGAUUGCAUAGCACUGAUUUUGACUUGUUGUUUCGUGGUGAAAUGUUUUGGGAACAUGUCUGCAGCUGUUUGAUAGUUUGGGUGUGUUAACUUGUGUAACUAACUACUGGAGGGCCUUUUUUUCUCGAAUAUACACGAGUGUGAAUAU